GCACGCGGCUCGCGCAGACAGCGGCCCGCUCGCCAUGCACGGGCGGGCCACCCUGCCAGGCCACGCUCCCGGCCUGCCGCCGCCGCCGCCCGGGGCUCCCCCCCUGCCGCCCCUCGGCACGCUGCUGCCUGGGGGGCAGGGCCAGCCGCCGAUCUCAGGCCACGCCCCCGGCCUGCCGCCGCCGCCGCCCGGGGCUCCCCCCCUGCCGGCCCUCGGCACGCUGCUGCCCGCGGCCCCGGGGGG